AGGCAUUGUUGAUUCACUGCUACCAGAUAGAGAAGCACAUUAGGAAGGGAGCUUCUUGUUCUUCAUCCAGAACCAUUUGUACCGUCUGUUUUAACGCAUCGGUACGUACCUUUUGGCGGUUUAAUAUUUUGCCAACGGAACUGCUGUUUUUCACUCCGUCUUUCAGCUUGAUUAUUAGACGUUGUUUUAGGUUGUUUGUAAAGUACUUUGUAGUCCUUGAGGAUGGCGAACCGAAGCUCCCAUAAACUGGUGAUACUUGGAGAAUCAGCUGUUGGGAAAUCAAGCAUAGUCCUGAGACUCGUAAAGUGUCAGUUUAGUGAGUACCAAGAAGCUACUAUUGGGGCUGCCUAUUUGACACAGACGAUCGUCCUAAAUGAUCCUCCAGCAACCGUAAAGUUUGAGAUUUGGGAUACUGCUGGACAAGAGCGUUAUCAUAGUUUGGCCCCUAUGUACUACAGAGGAGCCCAGGCGGCAGUUGUCGUUUACGAUAUUACUAACCAGAACUCAUUCGAACGUGCAAAAUCCUGGGUUAAUGAACUUCAAGAAAAAGCAAAUACUAGUGGGGUGAUUGCACUUGCAGGAAACAAAGUGGAUCUCGAAGGACAGCGAGCUGUUUCGUUCGAGGAAGCACAAGAAUACGCCGAUAAAAAUAGAUUACUAUUUAUGGAGACGUCAGCCAAAAUUGCAACCAAUGUCUCCGAACUGUUCACUGCCAUAGCUCGGGAGUUACUUAAUCAUACAGAACCAUCUAGACCAUCUGGGGGACAACAGCUUACGCCAAACGAUUCGCCUACACAACAAAGACAGUGUUGUAGAUAGUCCUGAUUCGUCCACUCAAUAUUUUCUUAUAACAUGGGUAUAUCACAUGUUUCUUCAAUCCUCCAGUCUUUUACGUCAUUAUUUUGCAUGUUCAGUUUGUUUCAACUAAUGAUUUUGCUUUGUAGUCUUAUUGGUCACAAUUUUACGUAUAUGGGUUGCUGUAAUUCCUGUUGGAGAAUUUAAUUGAUCUUCAGAUCUCGAAUCAAACUGUCAUGUGCUAUAUUAUUUUUACUCAGUAUGCUACAUACUUCCUUACUUGCAUUGGAUUUACAUAACUAUGGGUCAUACAAAUUUAUAAUCUACAUUACUGUUUAAUGAUUUAUUGGAGCCGUUUGUGUAACUAAAAUAUAUUGUUUUUCUCUCUUCGAUAAAAUGUUUACGACAUUCAUUCCACUCGUCAACUCAUGAAUAUCAUUGUAAUAUGUUGUUAUUUUAAUUCAAAUGUUUGAUCAUCGAAUCAUCCAACUAUAUCCUCACGCUUUCUCUCUCUAUGCUGAAAUUUAAUUAUUUCUAGGAUUCAGUUUUGAGCAAAAAUAUGCUGAAAGCUCCAUUGAUCUUAUGAUUUCAUGAUUUGUAUUUUAUCUCGUCUAUGCGCAAUCUUCUGUAAAAUAAUAUCGUGUUACCCAUUUUGCUGUAUUGCUUUUGAUUCCGACCAGUUAGUACGGUCGCCAACUUACAAACUUUUCGAUUUAUUUCGACAAGGUUGAAUAUUUGAUUUGAGUGAAUUUAUUUGACUGUCGGUGUGUUAUUUAAAGUAGAUCGAUAAUAUGAUGUCGGUGUAGUCUUUUGGCUCACACUGCAAUAAAGUUCUCCCUUAAAUUGAUUGUGUGUUUUUAACUAAACGUUUCAUUCUAUAUCAAGUGUUCCUUAUGAUUUGCUGGGUUUUUUAAACCCUAGUGAAUCAUUUCAGGUUAUUACACUUGAUGACUCAGAAAUUUAACAAGGAAAGAAAUGUAUUACAAUCAAGUUAAAAAUCGGAGACGUGAUUAGAUCAGUAAGUUGCUCAUACCAGAGGUUCACUGGUUUCAUCUGGUCCUAUAUUUAUUUAUUUAAACACAGACAUUGGUUCAAGGAGGCACUAGAUAUAUAUGCUCAACUCUUCGUCAUCCGGUUUGUGUGAGGGCUGGAAUACUGCCUAAGAGUCUAAACUGACGCAGGUGGUUUAUUUAAGGGGCCACACCCAGAGCUUCUGAUCCAAAGGUCUAGUCUACAAGGUGGUGGAGAAACGUUAGGAGAUACAGUCCCAAAAAUAGGUUCAUACGCCAUUUGUUUCCUUAGGAUGUUGGAGCCCAUGUGCAUCGUUAGUUUGGGAUCAGUUCCCCAACUUCCUCCGUGUCCACCAACCCGGUUAAAGCUCUGGGUAUUCGCAUUUUGUCCUUCAAAUUUCGUAAACACCCCCACCUCGAGAGGGCAGUGAGUAAGACUUCCCUGGCAGUGACUGGUCCUUCAAGGUUUAUUUAAAGUCAGUCAGCAAGUUGUACUAUCAAAUAUCUGGUUUUCACCAGUCAAGAUGUUUUCAGUCUAUAUGGUUAAAUCCGCCCACCAAUGUUUUUGCAUCUCGGUUAUUUUUGAAAGUUCUCGUCAUAUCAGUUCUUCAGGGAUAGUAUCACAUCAAAAUAAUGCUCUGAGUUGGCAUAUGGUAAUUAUGUAUAUACUUAUUUGUAUUGAGCCUAGACACAACUUCUAUCUCCUGGGUAUGAUAGAAAACCUUAAUCUUAUAACACAACUUAGCCCCAGUUGGCUAAAUACUGGAAAGAUUUCAAUAUGGAGGUGGUAUUCAUCACGAGUGCACUGGACCGAUUCUUCGUCCGUGUAUCAACUAACCACAAAACCUACUUCAAUAAGUAUUCAGUAUCUUUACCUGCCUGUAAGUGAUUCAGUUUUCCAAAUGCUUAUCAUGUUCUCCCAUCAGCUUUGUUUAAUGCUUAAUCCUUCCUAGACUCUUGCUUGACUAAAUAUGGAAAGGAAGAAAAUUAAAAAUGUCUGGAAAGCCAAAGGAUUAUGUGUACGAGUCAUUUAUACAUAUAAAGUACUGGGCUAAUCCGGAUAGGAAUGUGCUUGUUGGAUGGUAAUGGUUAGGUGAUUCAUUGACUUCCAAUGGGUCACCGUCAUUCUCACUACCAUGUGACCUUGGUAUAUCGUGCUAUCCGUCCAAGCUUCGGAUGUACGCUGAUAUAUUGUGACACCAACAAAACUGAUUGCUUAAUGAAUGUCUUUGUUCCAAUUAUGUUUGAUUUUUGUUAAGGAUUGCAAUCUGUCUGUCUCUGUUGGCGUAUGGUGAUCAUAAAUGGGUUUGUUUGGUCUUACCAUUUGAUCUCAACUCUAAUGGACUUCCUUUUCCCUCUAAAGUCUUUAUUAGAUUGAUUAAUUUGAUUUAUGGGAAGAACUAUUGAGCAUUACAAAAUACGUAGGUAGAUAUGUUUAUUAAGGUGAAUGGUCUAGAAGCCGAAAGUGAUACAAUUGCAACUCAUAUAGCAAGUACAUAGCACUUAAUUUGGCUUUGAGUCCCGCUGCUUGUUUAAGGAUCAGUGAUGUCACCUCACUGCCCGAAUCAAAGUAUCGCGAUGAAUGUUCUAACGUGCGACCUCCUGGUUUGGAAGCUAUUUUAUUUGCUAAUCUAUUGUUUCUUGUAGUUGCUACUAUGCGAUUGUUGGUCUAACUCCGAAAAACUACCGCUCGAGGCUGCUUGACAGCGGUUAAUAAGCCAGACACUACUGAUACGUCUAUUAUCAAGCUAAAACCACAAUACUGUAUUUUAUAUCACUAAUAAGAUUGGAUAGGAUAACUAAACCAACAUGCAACUCAAAGCAAGCGAAAUGUCGACAAUAAUUCAGUCAACAGGCAAGUUAAAUGCUCAAUGGUUCACAAAAUAAGGUUACUAAACUGCAUAACUAUUGAUCUAACGAGUUCAUACGUCAAUUUCUGAAAAUGAUGUAAAUAACUUACAACAAAAUCAAGGACCCAUCUUCACACCCUUUACUAAGUCAUUAUGCAUCUAAACUUCAUAUAGUGUAAGAAUCGAUUCGUAACUGUAAAUACGAAUAUCAACCAGCCAGCUACCAACGUAGGACCAGGCACAUAUAUGCAUCGGUCCAAGUUGCCAUACCUCAUUAACACAACAAGAUGGACACCGGAUUCAUAAAAGUAGUUAAUUCAGAGGUGGUAAUAUAUAAAAGAAAGAUUGCAAUAAGGAUAUAGUACAGGAAGAAAUAAUUAGUUCGUAGAAGGAAAGAUAUGGAGCGAUUUUAAUCUCUUAGUUUAAGGGAAGACAGAGAGUGUAUACACCUACGCCAUUGUGAUCGAUUCUGAGCCAUGUCACCAAGAGUCUCCAACCAUUGUUUACGAUAGUCACGUGGACCCCAACCAAGUAGUCUGCACCUACCAACAUGACUCAGACUAGAAGUUAGUGACUUCAAGUACUGAUGCCACGUUUUGGUUUGACCGCUCCUAACUUUCUUCCAACCAUAUAAACUUAAGUAAAUGGUUUUGUCGAAAAUAAAAUUUUCGCUGAAUUCUCUUUAUUCAAGUGGUUAAUUUAGAAUUACCUUAGUAGAUUCAUGUUGACUUCUCUGCGUUAUUAAUUUUUCCACAUUUCUAAAAUCCAAUAUUCAUUCACUU